AUGGACACUGUGGACAGGGUUAACAAGCUGCGAAGCGAGUGCAACCGCAUACACGAGGAGCUAGCUCCCGAAAGGACUGCGGCAAAUGAGAGUCACAAGUAUCCUAUCCGGAAGUUCCAGGAACUUCGCGAGAUUCUUCUCCCCAAGUCGCCAUCGGGAUCAGCUGGUUCGAGUGCUGAAAUGCAGAGACUACCUGACAUCAACGAUACACAUGCAGCCAGGGAACAUGCCAGCCUCGCAACAGGAGCCCCGAAGUUCUCAUUCCUCGUGGAAGGUCUGAAGCGCAUACGGCAAGCUAUUCAGCGGUGCUGGUCCAGGCGCAACGCGGGUGUCAACGACAGAGACCGUGUCUAG